CUGGUUGUUUUUCCCAUCACAGCAAGCCAUACUCAAAUCCUGCUGGCUGCCCAAGUUCCCAUUUCGCCGUGUAUUGCUCCAAGAUUUUGAAGAUCGGACUGGAGGAGCCCGUGGAUCACAAUGCGAUACUUGAGCAAGCACUUCAAGCAUCUCCGACCCAUGAUUCCGGGUGGGCGGGGCUCGCUCAUGGAUCAGAAGUUCGAGAUCCGUUUGCGGCGCGUGGGUUGUGCCAAUCGGCCCUCAUACUCCAUCGACGUGUUCAAAACCUCCUAUCCGGACAAGCCUUGGGUGGAUUCCAUCGAACAAUUGGGCGUGUAUGACCCCCUGAUUAACAAGUACGGCGAGACCUUGUGCUCGUUGAACAUUGAGCGCAUUACCUACUACCUCUCACAGGGAAUUGAGCUCGAGGAGAAUGCGGCCAAGUUAUUAGGUUUAGCGGGCUUGCUGCCCCAACAUCCGGAUAUUUACCGUUUGGCUUGGCGGAAUCGCCGAGAGCUCACCCGCCAAUUACCGCCGGAGACGGAAGAACAAGCCCAGUCCUAAUUUGCUUCGCUGUACUAGUAGUUCGUAACCAAUUCAAUGUAAUACAUGCUGCCUAAGACCAAGA